ACGAACACUUCCAAAAGCUCUUACAAAGCGCCACACGCAAACACCACCACCUCCCCUUGCAGCGGAGGUGAGAGACAGAGAGAGAGGCUAAAAGCUCAAAACUAACUUCUCCGUUCACUAGCCUGUUUCCUCCUCCACCUUCUCCGCCACCCAAUUCAAAAACAUUUCCACUUCAUCACUCUUUCUCUCUCCCUAAACGAGACAUAUUAAGUGGAAGGCAGGCAUUACAUACAGACGUACAUUUUCACUUGUCGACUUCUCCUUGCUGGUUAGCGGAAAAUGGCGGGCAGUGCAUCCAGUUUCAUGAAGCUGCAAUAUGAUGCCGUUUUGCUGAACCGGAGCAGUUCAAUUAUGAUCCCUUCUUAUAACAGUGUUGGAUUCAAACAAGUAACUUUCCACGUGCCUUCGGUUAAGAAACAAGGGAGGCUUAUUAGAAUCAGGUGCUCACAUGAGCCUGAAUCAGGUGCGCUCACUACCACCACAGUAGUUACAAAUGAAAGCGAUGAAAGUGUUGUAGUUAAGGAUGUUAAAAUUUUAGAGAACAGGAAUGAAUUAGACACUGAUAUUGUCGGCGAUUGUGGGACUGGUGGAAAUGGGAAAUUUCCUAGCGGCGGCGGCGGAAAUGGCGGCGGCGGUGAUGGUGAAAGUGAAGGCGAGGAUAUAGAAGAGAAAGAGUUUGGGCCGAUAUUAAAGUAUGAAGAGGUUAUGAAAGAAGUAGAGAGGAGAGGGGCGAGCCUGCCUGCUGAUAUGUUAGAUGCUGCUAAGGGUCCUGGGAUUCGUAAACUGCUUCUUCUUAGAUAUUUAGAUUUGCAGGGGUCAGGUGGGAUUUUGGGGUUCUUAAUGAAGUCAUGUUCUAUGCUUCGAAAUAGAAUGUUGGCUGAUCCGUCUUUCCUCUUCAAAAUUGGAACCGAGAUAGUUAUCGAUUCUUGUUGUGCUACAUUUGCGGAAAUACAAAAGAGGGGUGAAGACUUUUGGGCGGAGUUUGAAUUGUAUGUUGCCGAUCUUUUGGUUGGUGUGGUGGUAAAUGUUGCUUUGGUGGGCAUGUUAGCGCCUUAUGUACGUAUUGGACAGCCAUCUGUAUCUAAGGGGUUCCUUGGACGGCUACAACAUGCUUAUGGAGCUCUUCCUAGUAGCGUAUUUGAAGCUGAAAGACCAGGAUGUAGUUUUUCAUUAAACCAAAGAAUAGCGACAUACUUCUACAAGGGAGUCUUAUAUGGAUCUGUGGGUUUUGCAUGUGGCAUUAUUGGCCAAGGAAUUGCAAAUCUCAUCAUGACUGCCAAACGGAGCAUAAAGAAAUCAGAGGACGACAUACCUGUGCCACCUCUUUUGAAAAGUGCAGCUCUUUGGGGAGUGUUUCUUGCAGUUUCAUCCAACACGCGAUACCAAAUUAUUAACGGAUUGGAACGGGUUGUAGAAGCAUCACCUUUAGCGAAGCAGGUUCCACCUGUUGCAAUGGCUUUCACAGUGGGUGUGCGAUUUGCAAACAAUGUGUAUGGUGGAAUGCAGUUUGUGGACUGGGCUAGAUGGAGCGGGGUGCAAUAAAAGUGCAUCUCCUACGCUUAUGCUUAUUGAAUGUGUUAGCUUCUAAACUGUUAAGUCAUGAUAGGGUUAAUGUUGUAGUAGUUGCGUCAAUCUGGGGGUAAUAAUUUGAUGCUCGGAAAAAUGUCUUUUCAUUAUUAGAUUUCUGCAAGCAAGGGAUAGUAGAUUACAAAGUGCUGGUAGGGUAUAUUUUGGGGCUUAUGUGUGGGAACCGCAUUGACAAUUUGGAAAUUCAUGUUCUCAAUCUCUACCUUUAAUGGAGUAUGGAAGCCUACUCUCAAUUUAGGGCAAAAAAACAUGGUCCCUUUGUUUCCUCAGAA